CUGGGCGAGUCUCCUCCGCGUCUGUCUCCGUUGCUGAUUUUUUUUUUCAGAGAAAAGGAGAAGAGAAUUAGCUCUGGGAGAAGGGCCGUCGCCAUUAUUGGGAAGCUGGAAAAAACCCACUUUCACACACGCCAUCUCUUGUUAAAUUGAUUAGGACGUUACCAAUAUGUUGCAUUAGGGCUGUUUAGAAGAAACAUUGUACAGGAAGUGCAGGAAACUAGACCGGUGUCCCGUACAUGAUCGAUCCAGUAUAAUGUUGCCACAACAAUGGACAUAAUAAUUCGUCAAAAGCAACGUGGUGAAGCAAGGAAAAGACGGCGAAACAAGCUUUUAUACGCCUUUCAUUUUUAACAAGGAGAGAAAAAGAAAAAAAUAUGUUUUUACCUUUGUAGUUUUAUUAUCACAAAAAAGACGAACAGAUCAAUGGAAUAAAAAACAUCGAGAUGUAGAUUUACAAUUAAUAUGUAAGCAAACAAUAAUAACCUACUUAGUUCUGUAUGGGAAUCAGAAGAGCCACGUUAUUUUUGUUUCUUAUGUCCAUGCAUAUCAGGCGGCCAGGGCUGCGGCAAGCGCUGGACUGACGGAUGCAGGGAGAAUGCGAUGGGUCAUAGCUACAUUAGGAAUGACUGAGAGAAGCCUCUGUCUUUGCUACACCCCUGCACUGUUGUUGAUAAAACAUGUAGCACACUAAAGGAAACGGAAACUAAACUUCAUCCCCACUGCCACUUUAUGGACACACGUCCAAGUGUACUCUCUGAUCGAGUGCCUGAUUAUGGCAGGAUGAGUGUCAGCUGAUGAUAAUGAUGGCGAAAAAGCAAGAUGUUAAGUCACCCACAUACAACCUUAUUGUGGUGGGUUUGUCAGGAACUGAGAAAGAGAAGGGCCAGUGUGGCGUGGGUAAGUCCUGUCUGUGCAACCGCUUUGUGCGCCCCAGCGCCGAUGACUUCUAUCUGGACCACACGUCAGUGCUGAGCACCAGUGACUUUGGGGGUAGAGUGGUUAACAAUGACCAUUUCCUGUUCUGGGGGGAGGUGGGGCGGGUGGUGGAGGAGGGGCCGGAGUGCAGGAUGCAUGUGGUGGAGCAGACAGAGUUCAUUGAUGACCAGACGUUCCAGCCACACCGCAGCACUGCCAUGCAGCCCUACAUCAAGAGGGCGGCCUCCACCAAGCUGGCCUCUGCAGAGAAGCUGAUGUACUUCUGCACGGACCAGUUGGGGCUGGAGCAGGACUUUGAGCAGAAGCAGAUGCCCGAGGGCAAGAUACAGGCUGACGGGUUCGUGCUCUGUAUGGACGUCAGUAGGGGGAUGAACCGCAACUUUGACGACCAGUUGAAGUUUGUCACAAACCUUUACGGUCAGCUGAGCAAAACAAAGAAGCCCAUUGUGCUGGUCUUAACCAAGUGUGAUGAGGGGGUUGAACGCUACAUCAAAGAUUCUCACACCUUUGCCAUCACUAAAAAGAGUCUUCCAGUAGUGGAGACGUCUGCACGCUCUAACAUCAAUGUUGACCUAGCCUUCCUUACUUUGGUGCAACUCAUUGAUAAGAGCAGGGGCAAGCCCAAGAUCAUUCCUUAUUUUGAGGCCCUCAAGCUCCAGAGUCAGCAGAUAGCCUUGGCUAAAGACCGAUAUGAAUGGCUAGUCAACCGCAUAGUGAAGAACCACAACGAGACCUGGCUUAACACCAGCCGACGCAUGCACACCGCUUCAGAGUUCAAUGAAUACGUCUUUCUGGAGGGUACAGCAAAAUGCAAGAAGCUCUUCCAGCAGCUUGUGUACCGUCUGAAACAGGAACACAUUGAGAGACGUCGGAAAAUCUAUCUGAGCACUCUUCCUCUAGCACUUAGCUCCCUGGUGCCUGACCUGGAUGAGAUCGACCAGCUGAGCUGGUCUGGGGUUCAGAAGGUCCUAGAGUCCAAGCAGCACUUUGCCCACUGGUUUGUAGUUCUGGAGGACUCUCCAUGGGAGGACACGUCUCACAUAGACAACAUGGAGGAUGAGCGCAUCCCCUCAGACCUGCUGGAGACGUUACCAGCCGAGGACAUUUUCGACGCCCACCUGGAGCACCUGAGGAAUGAGUGCAAGCGGGCUGAGAUGAGGCAGGAGUUCAAGCACAAGUUGGCCUGUUCUCCCUUUGUAACGCCUGGCAAGCCCUGGGAAGAGGCCCGCAGCUUCAUCAUGAAUGAAGACUUCUACCAAUGGUUGGAGGAAUCAGAGUACCUGGACCUCUACAACCGCCACCAGAAAGAGAUCAUCGGCCACGCUAAAGAGGACUUCCAGGAGCUUCUGCUGGAGUACUCGGAGCUCUUCUAUGAGCUGGAGGUGGACGCGAAGCCCAGCAAGGAGAAGAUGGGGGCCAUCCAGGAGGUUUUAGGGGAGGAGCAGCGGUUCAAAGCCCUGCAGAAGCUUCCAGCUGAGAGGGAUGCUCUGGUGUUGAAGCAUAUCCACUUUGUCUACCACCCCACUAAGGAGACCUGUCCCAGCAGCCCACAGUGUGGAGACUUCAAGAUAGAGCAGAUCCUGGCCUCACGCUUCCCAACAUGCUACCCAUUCUUCAACGUGAAGUCUUAUUUUGGGGAUAUUAAAGCCGACCGAAUCAACCUUGUGAUAUUGGGCAAAGACGGACUGGCUAGGGAGUUUGCCAAUGAGAUCAGAGCUCUCUGUACCAAUGACGAUCGGUAUGUGUUGGAUGGGAAGAUGUAUGAGCUCACCCUGCGACCUAUCGAGGGCAACGUACGACUUCCUGUUAACUCCUUCCACACUCCCACCUUCACACCCCAUGGGUGCCUGUGUCUGUACAACUCAAAAGAGUCCUUAACCUACGUCGUAGAAAGCAUUGAAAGGUUGCGGGAGUCAACAAUCGGUAGAAGGGACAGCCAUAUAGCUCAGCUUUUAACAUCUCUGCUCUUGGUUACUAAAAGGGGUGUAGGGACCUAUGCAGAUAUUGGGGGAGAAACUGCUUUAGGUCUGAUAACACAGGGACAGCAGGUAGCAAGGAGAUUGCAGUGUAGCUUCCUCGACCCAGCCUCCCCUGGUGUGGGCUAUGGGCACAAUGUGAAUGAGAGUCAGAUCAACCAAGUAUUGAGAGGUCUUCUGGACUCUAGAAGGAGCUCAUCUUUCAGUAGCAGCUCCCCACCUCUGCCCCCUCAACCUCCAGGUCCCAGAGACUCUCCUCACCAGCCCAGCCCAGAGGCAGACAUCCGCAUCGUCAUGUGCUUGAUGUGUGGAGACAACUAUGACGUGGAACAGCUCCUCUCUCCCUUCCUACUGCCUCAGCACUGCAGGCCAACAUCCAACAGUGGAACCUCGGUGAUACUGGAGCAGACAGUGGGACCUCACAAACAGGUGAUUGAGCUCUCCCUCCUUUCCUAUCACGCCUCCUUCUCCCUGAGGAAGAGCAGAUUAGUGCACGGCUACAUCGCUGUGUACUCAGCCCGCCGCAAGGCCUCCCUGGAGACCCUGUGUGCCUUCCUAUGUGAGGUACAGGACAUCAUUCCUGUUCAGCUGCUGGCAGUGGGGGAGAGCCAGGUGGAGCUCACAGAAAGUGAGUCUGCCAGAGAGCAGCUGGUCCAGGGAGAGGAGCUGGCCCAAGAGAUAGAGGGCAGGUUCAACAGUGUGGUGUGUGGGUCAGGAGGGGUGGUGGGCGGCCUGCACAGGAUGGAGAUGUUUCAUCCCUUCCUGAUGGAGGUGGUGGAGAAACGCAACAUCGUGGAGGCCACUCACAUGUAUGAUAACGUGGCUGAGGCCUGCAUUAACGAGACUGCCUACUCCCCUCGCUGUAGCUCACCCAGCCCCGGCACCAUGUUCCUAGACUCUGACAUGGAUGAUGUGGAGCCCUCCCCACCUUACUACGACGGCACACUCACCUCCCAUGGUGGGAGCUUCAACCUGCCUGACCUGGACUCCAGCGAUGUCUCUGUCAUCUCUGACAUCAGCUCCUUUGAGAGCAAACUCAAUAGCAAAGCCCCGCCCCAGGUGAGACCCAAGCCCUCUGUGACCUUUGACUUCCGGAAGGUGGGCAGAAACCCCUACAACACAGACACCAUGGGCCACCGUCGCUCCCUGCCCUCCGCUGUGACAUGGGUGCCAGGUGGGGACGGAGGUUACGACCCCUCGGACUAUGCAGAGCCCAUGGAUGCUGUGUCCAAGCCCCGGCCCAGCAACGAGGAGAUAAUCUACUCUGUGCCCCACGAUAGCACGCAGGGCAAGAUUAUUACCAUCCGCAAUGCCAAUCGGAUGCACGCCAACGGGAAUGGCUCAGACAGUGAGGCGGACAGCAGCUCCCUGGAACGCCGCAGGAAGUUCUCGGCGGCGGGGGUAAAGCCACGGCUCUACCGCGAUCGCUCUAAACGCCUGGGCAAGUUCAGCAGCUUCCGCACCAGCUUCAUUGGCAGCGACGACGAGAUGGGGGCCCUGCCAAAGACCAAGGAGGAUGAGUUCGGAACCCUGAAAGGAGACAUCAUCAACGAGGAGGGAGAGGACCCCAAGAAGAGGAACAUUCUGAAGAGCCUGCGGCGCACUGCCAAGAAAACCAGACCAAAGCAUCGGCCCUCUAUUCCCAAGCCCCUGGAGAGCAGCUACUUCGGGGUGCCCCUGGUCAACGUUGUGUCCCCAGACAGACCUAUCCCACUCUUCAUUGACAAGUGUGUCCGCUUUAUUGAGACCACAGGUCUCAACACAGAGGGGCUCUACAGGGUGAGCGGGAACAAGUGUGAGAUGGAGAGUAUGCAGAGGCAGUUUGACCAGGACCAUGGGCUGGACCUGGUGGAGAAGGACUUUGCCAUCAACACGGUGGCUGGGGCUCUGAAGGCCUUUUUCUCUGAGCUGCCAGAGCCCCUGGUGCCCUGCAUCCUGCAAGUGGAGCUGCUCGAGGCCUUCAAGAUCAACGACAGGGAACAGAGGCUGUACACCAUGAAGGAUGUACUGAGGAGGUUCCCCAGGGAGAACUAUGACGUCUUCAGAUUUGUCAUGAGCCACUUACACAAGGUGAGCCAGCUGAGCAGACAGAACCUGAUGACCAGUGAGAAUCUGUCCAUCUGUUUCUGGCCCACUCUGAUGCGGCCAGACUUCACCACCAUGGAUGCCCUGACAGCCACGCGGACCUACCAGACAAUCAUCGAGACCUUCAUCCACCAGUGUGCUUUCUUCUUCUAUAACCAGCCCCUCCUGGACUCCCCCACUGGCCUGGCUGGCCUCCCUGCCUCCCCCACCACCACUCUCACCGGGGGCUCUGCCUAUUCCUGCUACCACUCCUCCCCUCCCUCCACCGCCACGCACUUCAGCCCCCUGCAGCAGUCGCCCCCCACCACCCCCCAGUCUCCCCUGCAGUCCCUCCUGACCCCCCUCCACCAACACCCCCACCAUACCCCCACCGAGCAAGAGACACUGUGAGAGACACUGAGAAGGGAACAGAUGCUGCACCCCUGAUCUGAUGCUGCUGCACACCUGAUCUGAUGAUGCUGGACCUUAGUCACUUACACACACACCAACACAUACAUACUGACAGUACAUUGUUCGGUCGUCGAUAAUAACAUGUAAACAGAGAGAGGAGACGAGGAGUGUUUGACAAAAAAACUUGCCACUUGUGAACAGCGUCCCGCUGCCCCGCCCCUGUCACCUGUGUGCCAAUGCAGAUCACCAUGCUGACCCGUCCACUCCACCCCCUAUAGCCCCUGAUAACCUGGGGGCAGAACAGGGUGGCUGUCAUUGUUACAGUAAGCAUCUCUCUGCCAACCAACCGUUCUUACCCUAACAAUACACUACGAUAAAAAAAAUAAAGUCCAAGCCUCCAUGUCAAGCUGGAAGAUAUGAUUUGUGCCCAUCACCAUGUUUUUCUUUGUGUAUAAUAGUUUUUAAAUGUUCUGUUUGUUAAUGAAAGUAGCCACUGGAUGUAUGGACUGUGCCUCUCUCAGGGCUGUAGUUGGUAACGUACACACAGCCGUGAGGGGAGCCUCCCUGUCUGCCUGCAGGGCCCCUGCUAGGGGGUUGGGGUGGGGACAUCCAGGGAUGCACUUUAAUGGUCAGAAUGUUGUAGGGGUUUUGUUUUUAAAGGGGGGUUGUUAGGUCAGAAUGUUUUAGUGUGUUGAGGGAACCAUACCCAUUGCCUCUCUGAAGGGUCCUUCGCAGAUCAAAAUGUUGUUUACAUCCAAACCCUUGUUUUUGUAUCCUCAUACUUACCUGAAGCACUUUUGAAUUAUAGUGUUAAGUUCCAUGAAAUGCAACCUUGAUCAAUUGACUAGUUUGUUUUAAUGGCCGGGUGGGCGUGGCAGUAGUGAAGAGACUCAUUAACACGAUCCUGUUAUUAUAUAAGUGUUCUUUUAGAGGAUUCAGGGCUCACUUUAUAACCCCAUGGAAAACCCAACCAUAAUAUUGGUUUCAUAUUCCUCUUAGCCAUGUUAUAAAUAGUUCUGAGCAUGCAGGUUUGAAUAGCCUGGAGUUUUCCCUCUUUUUAGGACUGCUGUUGCUUUACUGAUGUUUUGACUAAGGAAGUCACCUGGUUUGAGUGGUGGUGUUUAGGAAAGUGAGUUUGAGUAAGGGUCAGUUAAUCAGACCCUUUAGGAUCCAGGAGAGGAAUGCUCUUGGUUGAGAUGUUAGAUCCACUCCAUAAGUUAGGGGUUGAUGAUUAAAUUGGCCACAUUGAAGAUUGAUUAUGGGAAUGAUUGACAGUAACAUCAGACAGUAACAUGACAAGGGUGAGGUUAGUCAUACUUGGGGCGGCAGGUAGCCUAGUGGUUAGAGCGUUGGACUAGUAACCCGAAAGGUUGCAAGAUCGAAUCCCCGAGCUGACAAGGUAAAAAUCUGUCCCUAAACAAGGCAGUUAACCCACUGUUCCUAGGCCGCCAUUGAAAAUAAGAAUUUGUUCUUAACUGACUUGCCUAGUUAAAUACAGGUAAAAUAAAAAAAUACCAGGCCUAUACAUGUACUGUGUCUGUUGCACUGUGCUAUCUGGUGGCCAUGGAAACCACUGCCCUAUUGCAAAAUGAUAGGUUGCUGGAUAUGUUGUGGGUAUCUAGCCAAUUGAGCUCUUUGUACUCAUCUAAUAUUAAGGACCUUAAACUGAGGCAAGGUGUGCAUACAGAAAACACUGCCACUGCAAUUAACUACAGUACAGUAAUAACAGUAUAGUAUAUCCUAUAGAGAUGGAGCAUGUUUGUGGACUCAUGCUCAGGAAUGUCAACAAAGCAAGAGUAACUACUGUAGCUCCAGUAUACUAUGGGGUUUAUGUUGGUGUUUAACUGUCCUCUCUCUUGUAGAAAAACAAACAUGCAGUCAAUGUAAAGUAGUUGAAUGAAUACUCCUACUAUAUUCUGGAUUCUUCUAUCAGAUGAAUGCGUUGCCCCAUAAGAGGAGUGCCACGGGCAUCUUCUGGGGAUGACGGAGUAUUGGCCAGGAGGCAUGGCUGUACUCGAUGUCAGCCAUCUUGGAUGUUGCUCAUGCUGCCAGUUCAGAACAGAUCAGUCUAUUGGUUGUAUUGAGGGUCAACUAAUUAAUACUUGGGAUCACUCACUGGUACUUAUCUUUGGGGUUUUCCUGCUGUGGGAGGCAGUUAUCUCUGAUUGAUGGACUAAUGCUGCAGUGACUCCUCACCCAGUCCAGUGCAGUACAGUAUUACCACACGCACAAAAGAUCAGAUGGGAGAUGGAUAGGAAAAACAAACUAUCCCAGUAGAAUGUGACUUUGGCUCAGAGGACCUAUGUGGCUGCAUCACUUCAUUUUUGACACAACAGAUCUGCUGGUAAAUGGGAGAGAAAAAGAAGAGAGAGCUACUAUAGUAAAAUGGUUGUUUAUUUGUAUGUUAGGGGGUCUAACACUUUGCCCUUUAGUCAAUGGUAGAAAACAUUUUUUGUGUGUAUUUCAAUGAUUGAAAGUCAAUUUUUACAAUUUUGUGAAUGGUUUAAGGCCACUUCAGUUUAGUGCAUGAUUUAAUAACACACCAAGGGAGAAGGUUCAACCAUUUUCAUUAUUUUAAAACAUGAAAUUAGUGUGAGAACAAUGAAAGUGAAAUACAGUAGCUUAAAACAAGUGAAAGAUGAAGUACUGUCCAUCUACAGCAAACCAUGGAAUUUGUCUGACUGAGAAUGGUGUAAUGAAGAUGAAGGCCUUAUGUGAUCUGUAUCAUAGUUAAUAAAUUAAAUAUUGUAAAAUU